GCAUGCCUAUAAACAAAAAUUUCAUUUUGACAGCAGCAGCAAGAAAUCGCAUAAAAACACUGUUUUCAAAACUACUGAUGCCAUAUAUGCAAAAUGGACUGAUCAUAAAUUGAUAUCUCACCCUAAUGCAAGAAUAUAUACCUCAGUCAUAACUAAUAAAAGGCUGAUUUACACGAAAAUCCCCCAACGAAAGUUACUGUGCAUUUUUGUGUGUAUUCAACCAUACAAAUUCCUAUGAAAACAGCAACGAACUGAAGAUCGUGAUAUUUGACUCUUGUUUGGCUUUUUUCAUCGUCGGGAGAACCUAUAGAUCUGUCCAGAAUGGCGGACUCUGACAGCACAACUUUGGCAAAAAUCAACUACUACUGCCGUGAAAAGUACUUUCGUCAUAUGCAAAAUGCUGCCAUCGAAGGACUUAAGAAAUACGGCAAUGAUCCUGUCCUCAAAUUCUUCAAUGCCUAUGCCAUGGUGUUGGAAGACCGGGUACAAGAGGGGAUGCGGGAACUUGAAAUGCUGAAGGACAAAGUGGAUGUCAAUCUUUGUUCAAUAAUGGCUUUGAUUUUUGCUCAUAAGAAAUGUAAAACAGUUGAUACUGAGGCAGUGCAAUCUCUUGACAUGAAACUAAAGGAGCAAAGGAAACAAUCCGGGGAAAAGGGCCUGUACUUCGCCGGCGUCUUCCUCUUUCAUAGCGGCCGCUAUGACAAGGCGCGAGAGUACAUCGAUAGGAUGCUGAAGAUGAACGGCCAGUCGUCGAAGGAGGGCCUCAUCAUCAAGGGCUGGAUUGACCUGAUGUGUGGUCGGGACGCUUAUGUUAAAAAAGCCGUCAAAUAUUUUGAUGACGCUAUGAACCAAGACGGAGCUAAAGAUUUAGAUGCACUAUUUGGAAAAGCGAAAUAUUUUGAAAUUCGUCACAACUACAGCGGGGCCUUAGAAUUCGUCAACCAGGCCGUCGUAGCCUUCCCAAAUUUCGCCCCAGCUCUUGUUGAGAAGAUGAAACUACAACUGGCUAUGCAGGACUGGGAACAAACCGUGGAGACUGCACACAGGGCAAUCCAUCUCGAUUCUCAGUGUAUCGAGGCACAUAGAUUCAUCAUCCUUCAUCAGCUGUGCCGCGAGGGGAAUUAUCAAGACGCUGCAAACAAUCUUCAAGAUCUCCUCCAAAUGAUGGACAGAGUUGAACCAAGAAAUGCUUUCAAAUAUAAUGAACUCUCAAAAGUCUUCUGUCGUGUGGCGGGGCGCCACCAUGCCGUCCUCCAGCAGACCUACUUCAUGGCCGAGCGUGCGGUCAGCAUCGAUAACGGCACAGCUGACUUUGUGAAUGAGCUAGCCUACGAACUCCUCCUGCAAGGACGGGUGAAGGACGCCAUGAAGUGCUACAGGAAUGCAAUGAAGCUGGACGAAACGAGUGUCGCUGCUCUGACAGGCAUCAUCCACUGCCAACUUCUUGAAGAGCAGCUAGAGGAUGCUGCACAGCAGUUGGAGUUCUUGAACGAAAUUCAACAGAGUAUUGGAAAGACAUCGGAGCUUAUGUACCUUAGCGCUGUCCUUGCGAGGAAACGCAACGCCGACGCAGAAAAAGUGAUCGAGAUGCUUGAUGAAGCGAUAGAGAAUCACUUUGCAGGGAUUAAAGGCCUACCACUCGGGCCUAUCUAUUACUUGAAUAUCAACCCUGACUUCUUGAUCCAAGUUGUCCACGAGUACAUGCAGUUUGCUCCUCAACAGCCUGAUACCCAGUCCAGCCAAAUGGGCAACCCUGUCCUGAAGCGCUGUGGGCAAGUCCUCGACCCGCUGACCCGAGCCGUCCCUGGCAUGUUAGAUGCCCUAUUCCUGAUGGGAAAAGUCAAAUUCUUAGGAGGCGAUGUGGAUGCUGCCCAGAGUACCCUCCAGCAUUGCCUAGACGUCGACAGCACCAUGUCAAUCGCUCACAUCCUGUUGGCGCAGAUCUUCCUCCAGAAAGGCAACUACAAAAAUGCCGACCAGUCGUUGGAGAUGGGUUUGAGUCAUCACUUCGAGGUCAGGGAGCAUCCGACCUAUCACCUGAUCAAGGCAAGAAUUCAGAAGAAGUCGGGCAACUACGACGAGGCUGUGAAGACGCUUCAGACAGCCAUGCAGUUGCCGGGGGUAAAGAAGGCCGGGCGAACCCUGAACAUCAAGAAAUCGAGCAGUAAAAUCCCCACCAUCAGUAUGAAUGAUCGAGUCUCUGUAUUUUUGGAGUUGGCCGAGGCCUACAGGAUUCAGAAUGCGCAGCACGAGGCCGCCAAGGUCAUGCAGGACGCCAUCAACGAGUUCAGCGGCACAACGGAGGAAAACAGAAUCAUCAUCGCGAAUGCAGAAUUGUCACUGAACCGUGGCGAUUCGGAAAACGCAUUAAACACGCUCAGAAGCGUUAAAGCGGGUCGGCCGUAUUUCAUCCAAGCAAGAGAGAAAAUGGCCGACAUCUACUUGAAUUAUCGUAAGGAUAAGCGCCUGUAUGCUGGCUGUUACCGAGAACUCGUCGACAAGCAGCCGAGUCCUCAUACAUAUUUGUUGCUCGGAGACGCGUAUAUGAAUAUUCAAGAGCCCGAAAAAGCGAUUGAGAUCUACGAGUCUGCCCUAAAAAAGAACCCCAAGGACAGUUCCCUGGCGAGUAAGAUCGGCCAGGCUCUAGUCAAGACGCACAAUUAUGGGAAGGCGAUCAGUUAUUACGAGGCCGCGCUGAAGUCGCAAAAUCAACAACAUUUGAGGCAUGAUCUCGCCGAGCUUCUCCUGAAACUUCGUCAGUACGAUAAGGCAGAAAAGGUCCUCAAGCAGGCGUUGGAACACGAAGGUCAAGUGACUGACCUCCAGACCAUGCAAGAUGAGGCCAAGUACCUCGUGCUCCUCUCCAAAGUCUACAAACGCCAGGACCGCGUUGAGGACUCCCUCCACUCCCUGAACAAGGCCCGGGACAUGCAGGCUAGAGUUCUGAAGAGAGUUCAGCUGGAACAACCAGAUGGUGUGCCGGUACAGCGCAGAUUUGCUUCAAAUAUCUGUUGCCAGAUGGCUGAGUACGGUACCAUCCAGCGUGACUACGACAAGGCCAUCAAGUGUUACAAAGAGGCGCUGACUUACCUGGACAACGACAGCAAAGUCAUGCUGCAACUUGCGCAGCUUUACCUCACGAUUGAAGAUCUCGACUCGUGUCAGCUUCAGUGCUCGACGCUGUUGAAAAAUGAUGAAGAAAACGACGCUGCUACCGUGAUGAUGGCUGACCUGAUGUUCCGCAAAAACGAAUACGACCAAGCGACGUAUCACUUUCAACAGCUACUCGAGCGCCGCCCUGAUCACUACGAGGCUUUAUCGAGACUCGUCGACCUGAUGCGCCGGGCGGGAAAACUGGACGAGGUGCCGCGCUUCCUUGAGCUGGCCGAAAACGCUUCUAGUAAAGCGACCAUGGAGCCUGGCUUCAACUACAGCAAGGGACUUUAUGAAUGGUACAUCGGCAAUCCAAAUGUUGCCAUAAAAUACUUCAACAAGGCUCGCAAAGACUCUGAAUGGGGACAUCGGGCCAUGUACAGCAUGAUCGAGAUAUGCCUCAACCCAGAUAAUGAAACGGUCGGGGGUGAGGUGUUUGAGGCAACAGAGCUUGAUGCCGGAGCCGCAGCAGAAAAGGCCGACAGCGAGCAUCUGGCGAUACGGACAGCCGAGAAACUCAUGAAAGAAUUGAAGCACCGCCCUGGUGACAUCCGCCCGAAGCUGCUAGAAAACAUGGCCUUGGUCGCCACGAAGAACAAGAGUAAUGUUGAGAAGGCGUUGUCGGCUUUCAUGGAGAUAGCAUCGCAAGAGCGUGACCAUGUUGGUGCCCUCUAUGGGAUGGCGGCAGCCUACAUGGUGUUGAAGCAGACGCCCCGUGCCAGAAACCAGUUGAAACGCGUCACCAAGAACACAUGGAACAUGGAGGACGCCGAAGAUCUGGAGAAAAGUUGGCUCCUACUGGCUGAUAUUUAUAUCCAGUCCGGGAAGUACGACAUGUCCACGGAUUUGUUGAAGAGAUGCUUGCAACAUAACAAGUCCUGCUGUAAAGCGUAUGAGUACAUGGGCUUUAUAAUGGAGAAAGAGCAGUCCUACAAAGAUGCCGCCAAGAAUUAUGAAUUGGCAUGGAAGUAUGGAAACAAGAAUAACCCAGUUAUAGGUUACAAGUUGGGCUUCAACUACCUAAAGGCCAGGAAGUUUGUCGACGCCAUUGAUAUCUGUCAAAAUGUGCUAGCCUCGCAUCCGAACUACCCCAAGAUCAGGAAGGACAUUCUCGACAAGGCCAGACAGAGUCUAAGAGUAUAGUCCCAUUCCGUCCAAUGAAUUUUGUUGAGAGACACAUGUCUACUUAUCAUUGCAGAUUUGGAAAUGGAAAUAACAUCGAAAAUCACUAACAGUCCACACAACCAUUUCCUGUAUGAAUAUGUUAAUUAUCUACUCAAUAUUUUGUUCAUGAAAAGUUUUUUCCAUGAAUUAAGAAGCCGUCCAUUGUAAAGUUAAUAACGAGUGUCACAUUUUGUAUUUGUUUGCAUAACUGUCUGUCGAAUCAUAGGCCUACUAUACAUGUAUGCUAUUUGUUCAGAAUCUGAAAUUUGAAAUUGAAUUCGAGAUUCUUCAAUUAUGUAUUAAUGUAUCAUACUGAACUUAAGAUCCGUUUGAAGUGAUGAUAUUGUUUAUACUGAAAAUAAAGCUUCAAUUUUGCUGACAUACAA